UCCUCCAGUCUAAAGAUGGCGGCCCUAGCAGUGGGGGGUUCUAUGGCAGUGCGUAAGACUGUUAAUCGGUCCGUUGCUUUCGUCAAAGAAAUUCCUUGGACUGCGGCGUCGCGUGAGCUGAGAGAACACUUUGCACAGUUUGGUCAUAUACGAAAGUGUAUUGUACCUUUUAACAAAGAGACUGGCUUUCACAGAGGUAUAGGUUGGAUUCACUUUUCUUCAGAAGAAGAACUUCAGAAUGUACUACAGCAGGAAAGUCAUAUUAUUGAUGGAGUAAAGCUCCACGUACAAGCUCAAAAACCAAAAGUUUUGCUGGGGGAUAAAACAUCUGAUGAAGAGAGAGAUUUUUGAGACUGUUACUGCCUAUGAAAUAAAGUAAACAUAACAGAA